ACCGUCACACCUGCAACCUCAACAACUACGACUCCCCCAGCCACCACGAGCAGGAAGGAGCCAUGUUUACCUCUUCCGUGCGGCGGGCAGCCUUUGCUGCUCAGCCAUCUCCCAUCGCUGCUUCCCUCGCCACCUCAGUCCCACGAGCCGUGUCGACGCAGAGCCUCUCGUGCCGGCCCCUACAACGCCGCUACUCCUCCUCCAAGCCGUCCAGCCCGGCAGACGGCUCGAAGGGUGUUGCGGAGGGCUCUGUCCCCGCUACCCCGGCACAGACUCGCUCGGAGGGCGCGAAGAAGAAGACUCAGCGCACCCGCAAGGCUAAGGGCGCUGCCGCUCACACCGUGAAGGGGCGAGAUGAGGCCUUUGACAACCUGCCCAGUGUGCCCAGCACUCACCACCUCCAAGUGAAAGACAUCGCAGCCUCAACCUUCUUCUCCCUCCACCGCCCCAUCUCCGUCACCUCCCCCUUCCCCAAACCAAUCACCACCUCGGCAUUCGCCUCCAUCUUCGCCGCCAACCCCCCCCACCGCGUCGCCGACGUCCUCUCAACCCUCUCGAGCACCGUCCGCGCCCUCGACGGCACCCCCACCCACGAUAGCUUCGGCGCUGACGAGACCCUCCGCGCCGCCCUCGCCGCCGAGCCAAACGACAUCACACACCUCGACGGACAGGACGCUAUUCCCUUCCCGCAGCACAUCCUGACGGGACGCUACCAGCCAUUCAACGCUCCGCCGCCACCGGUCCCUAUGCCCGUUGACGCUGCGCCAGCGACCGAGACGGCCCAGGCGAAACGCACCUACACCGCCACCCUGACGAUCGAGGAGAGCACCUCCCCGCUCGGCGAGGUGACGUACGUAGCGCACAGCUCGCCACUACAAGAUGUGGAGGAGCCGACUGUACCAACGGCGUUCAGGGACCGCAUGCGUGAGCGGAGGUUGAGAUACGUGGAGGAGCGCGCGGGAGGGGAGAUGUUUGCGCUCAGUGUGAAGAGGCAGAGGAAGCUGAAGAUGAAGAAGCAUAAGUAUAAGAAGCUUAUGAGGCGGACGAGGAAUUUGAGGAGGAGAUUGGAUCGUAAUUAGAUGGGGAUGGGUAGAGGGGUGUUUCUUUUGUGCAUUCGUUUGCAUUGCAUGGAGGGAUUGGGAGAUAUAGCUUUUUCUUGGUUGGGGACGGAGGUAGUACAUAGAUGGGGGUGAUGGCGCCCGUGAAUUUUCUACUCUAGAACUGGUACUUGAUGGUAUGGGCAUGUAGAGGCAUCAAUCAUAUACUAGUGACAUAUUUGCAGCCAAGUCGUGUCUGAUCUGUGGUCUGCUCGAAUUACGUGCGAAUUUUCCAACAACAGACAUGGAAAGUCAUCUAUUAAUGUCUCAUGAAGCAUUUAGUCAUUUGAUACUAGCCAC